CAUUAUUAUAAGCCAAAUGCAAGGUACAGUAGAGUGACAGUAUGACAAAGAAAACAAAUUUGCCUGCCAAUACAGCUGCACCAAUACACGGAAACAAGUUCUAAAUUGUGUACAAACUUGCAUAAAUAAAACAUGGAUAUACUUAUGAUCACAAUCAUCGGGGUGCUAUUAUUUCUUGGAUGGUGGUAUGUACUGCUUAAGCCUAAAUCUGGAUUACCUCCAGGUUUGCCGCGACUACCCAUAUUAGGUAGCCUACCACUUCUUGAUGCAAAUGAUCUUCUCGGGUCUUUCCUUCAUUUGAAGAAGAGGUUCGGAGAUGUGUUCACGGUAUAUAUGGCAAACAGACCAGUUAUCUACCUGAAUAGCUAUGAAAGUAUAAAAGAGGUCCUUGUACAAAAAGGGGAAAACUUUAUGCAAAGACCAUAUUUCUACCUGCUAACUGAAGCCCUAAGAGAUGAAGGCAAAGAUUCGUUCGCAAGCUCAUCGGGGAGUGAACACAAGACUAUACGUCACUUCACAAGAAAGGUGUUGAUUCGCCAGUUUGGAAUGGGUACUAGAAAUUUUCAAGAUAAAAUCAUAGAUGAACUUCAAGUCAUGUUUGCAGAGAUGGACAAGAAUGAAGGAAAGCCCUUCGACACACUAGACCUGCUUGGGAUGAGCAUGUCAAAUAUGAUGAAUAUUGUACUUUAUGGCAAGAGGAUGGAAUACACUGAUACACUCUUCUUGGAACUUCGCCAGAGACUGGAACAGACGUGCAUCGACAUUGUUGAUGGUCAAAUUAUAAACAUCUUCCCCUGGGCCAGACAUAUGCCAUGGAAAAAACAUAUAAUUGAUAACAUGGCCAUGCGGAAAGUUCGCCAGAAGGAGAUUAUGGAACAGACGUUGCAGAGACACGCAGCUGGAUAUGAAGAUGUUCGGGACAGUUUCAUGCAGGCAUGGCUCGAUAAAAUGAACGAGAAGACUUCUUCAGAUCCAGAAUCUGUGUUCAAUAAGGUACAAAUGAGACUGGUUAUGAACGACUUGUUUUCUGGGGGAACAGAGACAUCCAAAGGUGUCAUGUACAUCACCCUGGCAUAUAUGUUGCGCUAUCCUCAGCUACAGGCCAAAAUUCAAGCAAGCAUUGAUGAACACAUUGGAGAGACACAGGUCCCUACAAUUGAAGAUCGCAAGAAAAUAGUCCUUGCUGAGGCUACAAUUCUAGAAGUACUACGCUGUCAUCCUGCUCUUCCAUUGGCUAUGCCUCAUACUAAUCUCCAUGACGACACAAUAAAUGGCUACCAGAUUCCUGCCGGUACUAUGGUAAUGCCAAAUAUACAUGCAGCACAUCAUGAUGAAAAACAUUGGAAAGAUCCAUUUGAUUUCAACCCUGAAAGAUUUAUCGAUGUGGAUGGGCAGAUCGACAAAGUCAAAUCUGCUUUCGUGAUUCCCUUCUCAAUGGGCAAAAGAGUGUGUCCGGGAGAAGCUCUCGCCAAGAUGGAACUGUUUCUCACAUUCACUUCGUUACUACAGCGAUACACGUUCACAGUGCCCCCUGGUGAGAAAUUACCAUCUUUAAAGAUGAAUCUCGGAUUCACACUAUCAAUCCCAAGAUACAAGCUAUGUGCUACAAGACGAAAUAGUCCAGGUGACAAAUAAGACUUCGAGUGGUUGACUAUCACCCUGUGUAUUAUUACAGCGUCAGACUAUAUAUCUUUAUACAAAUAGGCCUAAUAACGUCUUCACAAAUAGAAAAUGCACCAAUAAGUACAACUAUAUACAGGGUUGGCCAAAGAUGUGACACUCACAAAAAUUGUAUUUUAAACAGUGUAUGAGUACUAUAUCUAGUAUAAAGUUGUAAUUAAUUUAUAGAUAUGCAUAUGGUAUAAAAGUGGUAUUGAAGUCCAAUGACUGCAUUCAUUUUAUGGCUCGGCAACUGUUGGAAUUCUCCCUCAUAUCAUUUUGCAUGCUGGACACAGUUCACCAUUGUUAUGUUUUAUAUGUUUAAGAAUGACGCAGAAUCUCGAUAUAUGGCGACCUUGUGUAUAAUCCAGCAAUUCAAUAAAAUGAUAUCAAAUCAGUCUAAAACGAGACAUAGUCCUAAUAUUUUACGUUCACGUUCAAGUUUUCCCAAAUGUACAAGCGCUCUUAGGCGAUUAGACAUAGUCCUAAAAUUACGUUCACGUUUAAGUUCUCCCAAAUGUACAAGCCGAUGAGACAUGGUCCUAAUAUUUUACGUUCACGUUCAAGUUCUCCCAAAUGUACAAGCGCUCUUAGGCGAUUAGACAUAGUCCUAAUAAUUUACGUUCACGUUCAAGUUCUCCCAAAUGUACAAGCGCUCUUUUUACGUUCACGUUGAUGUUCUACUUUAAUAGUUUGUGCUUUACAUUUUCCGAGUUUGUUUGAUACUUGCCUAAGACCUCCCGCUCUCGAGUCAGACGCUCUACCCCUGAGCCAUAAAGACUAACCACUACAGCUGAGACUGUAGUAGCGACUUGCUAUCGAAG